AUGGAUGCCAAUGAUCUUGAGUGGACAGCACCAAGUACAAGCAGUACGAGAUCGAAUUCAUUAUCUCGUUUACAGCAAAGUCCAAUUCUUCAUCGGAAAAGUUCAAGAUUAGCAACAUCGCGCUCCCCAAGCGGUGUGCGAAAUGGAAAAAUACAACAAGCAAGACAGAAUACAGGGGAUCUGGGGAUAAGAAGAAGAGGAUCAAGAGGUCGAGGGCGUCCAAGAAUAUCAAGGGGUGUUGUUAAUCGACAAGUAAUCAGUCUAAUGAAUGACAGUACGCAAAGUGAUGAAAAUACUGAUGUUGAAGCGGUGAACAAUGACGAAGACAUGGAUUUGGAAGAUGAAGCGCAUCAACAAUCACCAAGAAAUUCGUCCGAUAGUAAUAAUAUAACAACAGCAACAGCACCUAUCAGUAUUUUGUUGAAUAGCGAUAUUACAGACGAAGACGAUACUAAUGAUACCAAAACAAGUGUAAAAAGAAAACGUGUCUGGGAUUUUUUUACUGAAGUUGAAACUGGUGGUUAUAAUUGUAACUUAUGUGGUGAUAAAACGAAGUUAAGUUGUCGCCUUUGA